AAAUUUCUCCAGUUCCUGGCAUCUAGGAACACCCUGUUUAACCUCAGCAACUUCCUGGACAAAACUGGCUCUCACGGCUACGACUCGUCCACGUUUAUCAGACGCUACAGCCGCUAUCUCAACGAGAAGGCCUUCGCCUACAGACAGAUGUCUUUUGACUUUAAUCGAGUCAAGAAAGGAGCCGAAGGAGCCAUGAGGACCAUGACAGUGGAGAAGCUGUUGAAAGGAAUGCCAAUCCUGCAGAGUCAGAUCGAUGCGCUGCUGGAUUUUGAUGUGCAUCCUCCAGACCUGAACAACGGAGUGAUAAACGCCUGCUUUCUCAUGCUCUUCAAAGAUCUUAUCAAGUUGUAUGCCUGCUACAAUGACGGCAUCAUCAACCUGCUAGAGAAAUUUUUCCAGAUGAAGAGAAGCCAGUGUAAAGACGGGCUUGAGAUCUACAAGAGAUUCCUGACGAGAAUGACUCGAGUUUCUGAAUUCUUUAAAAUCGCAGAGCAAGUGGGAAUAGACAAAAAUGACAUUCCUGAGCUCACUCAGGCCCCAGAAAGUCUUCUGGAGUCUUUGGAGACGCAUCUCAACACUCUGGAGGGGAAGAAGCUAGAAGACAAGUCACCUACAAAGGACGCCACAGCCAACAACAGCUCUCCAGCUGCCGCUGCAGCUCCAGCCAAGCCUGCGCCUCCCGCUGUGCCUCCAGCUCGCCCAGGGCCGCCGGCCAAGCCCCCUCCGCCCUCCAUCCCUCCCACCGCCCCUGCCCGUGCCUCCACCACCACCACCACCACCACCAGCAGCAACGCUCUCGAUGAUGGGUUCCUGUUGGAUCUCGACCCCAUGUCCUCUUCAGCAGGGGGGGCUCCAGCAGCCUCCUCCACCACUGGAUGGGGAGAUCUCUUAGCAGGCGCAGCUCCAGCUGCUGCUGACCGAGCCUCUGAAUCCGUCAAGGCUGACAGAGACUCUGCUGCCGCUGCCCCUGCCGCUGCCCCUGCCGCUGCCCCUGCCGCUGCCCCCCCGGCUGCUGCACCCACCACUGCCGCUGCUCCUGCAGCUGUACCGGCACCCACGCCGGCACCCACCUCACUGCCCGUCUCGGCUCCUGUUGCCUCCACAGCCACAGACAUCGACCUUUUUGGAGAUGCGUUUGCACCCUCCCCAGGAGAUGGUCCUGCCGCUGUGGUCACGGGUCCUGCUGCUGAUGCGUUUGGUGGUUCUGACCCAUUCGCUACGACAGAGGGAAGUACAGAUAUUGCUCCAGAGCUGGACCUGUUUGCUAUGAGGCCUUCCAACACGGAGGCCAAUACCGCCACCACUCCUCCCACCUCUAGCGAGGCGCCGACCACCAUCGCUCCCAUCGCUGCUCCCUCUGCCCCUGCCCCUCCUUCCACCACUACUACCACAGCCGCCACUGACACCACCACCACAGAGUCUGCAGCCGUCCCGACUCUAGAUAUCUUUGGUGAUAUGUUUGAUUCUAUGCCUGAGCAAAGCCCCACCACAGAAUCCAAAGCUGCUACCACUCCUAGCGUAGACCUUUUUGGUGCAGAUACGUUUUCAUCUCCUGCUCCCACUUCUGCCCCAGCUUCUCCUCCAGCACCAGAGGCCUCGUCUCCACCAGAGCCAGAACCAAAACCAAAGCCAGUCAUCGACCUGCUGGACUCCUUCAGUGGCCCUGUGCAGACGACUCAGACUUCUGCUCCUGGGGGGCCAGGAGACGACCUUCUGGGAGGCCUGAUCUCCCCCACGCUUGCUCCCAGCGCUGCCCCGGCCCUGGCUCCGGCCUUGGCUCCGAUGCAGAACAACCUCCUGGAGACGGGUUUUGAUGCUUUGGGCUCCAUUUCAACACCACCGGCCUCUGCGGUUCCUGGAGCUCCAGCUUCAGCAGCAGAACCUGCAUCCUCCACACCAGCACCCUCUGGUGGCUUUGAUGCCUCGAUGUUUGAUGGAUUAGGCGACUUGCUGAUGCCCGCUGUAACGCCUCAGAGCACCGGGGGCAGCACAUCUGGAAGCACAGCUGGCAGCAUGGGAACUCCAGUCGCAACUGGAGGGAUAUCACUCAUCCCCCCCGCCACUCCGCCUCCCACCAAAACCAUCGGGGGAGAUCUGGACUCGUCCCUGGCCAAUCUGGUUGGAGAUCUGGGAAUGAAGAAAAAGGACCCACUCAGUGAGAAGAAGCUGACAGGAGGAGCCAACUGGACCCCACAGGUGGCCCCUACAAGCUGGGGCACUCCUGGAGCCACCAUGGCCCCUGCAGCCCCUGGAGCCCCUGGAGCUCCAGGACCAGCUCCGCCCAGCGCAGCUUUGCUUCCACCAAUGGGUGCACAGCCUGGCUUCGGCAUGCCUCCUGCAGGAGGGCCGGGAGCACCAAUGAUGCCACCCAUGAUGGGACAGCCUUUGAUGGGGCAGCCAAUGAUGAGGCCUCCCUUCAUUGGGGUGGCUGGAGCUGCUGCACCCGGAGCACCGAUUUCUCCAGGACCUGCAGGUCAAAGUCCCAAAAAGCCCAAGGACCCUCUGGCAGAUCUCAACCUCAAGGACUUCUUAUAAUGGCCCAGCUGCGUACCUCUCUGGGUCGGAGCCUGCUCAACUCUUGCCUGGUGUUCGUCAACAUCUCAGGAUGCCAGCGACGUUCAGCUGACCUUCUCUGCCCCCCGCCCUCCCUCCUGUAUGAUGUUGUAGCACAAACUGUGAACGUGAACCAUAAUAGAUUAUAAACUAAUAUAUGAAAGAAAAAAAUCCAUGCCUGUGCUUAUGUCAUGUACUAACCUUUUUUUUGUUGUUGUUGUUUGUUUGAACAAAAUCACACAAAAACAGACAAAAAAAUAUCCAGAAAGGAGAGAGAAAGUGACAGAAUAUGUGUUUAGAUUCAUUUAUUGUGCUGAGUUGAAUGAUUGAUGUGCUUUGGUGUCCUAAGCCCCGCCCACAUCCCCUCAUCUUCGUCUCUGUCUCCUGAUGGGGGACGAGCUCUUCUUCGUCCUUAUCGGACGAGAGCGGUAUAAAAACGGUAGAUUUUUUUCGGAGACUUUGCGUGGUGUUUACAGAAGUUCUCUUCAAUGUACAUAGAUUUAUUUCUCUGGCGACGGUUCGACGUCUCAACUCUGUAUGUCUGUUGAAAGGAAAUAUAAAUGUGACUCAGACAUGAAAUUGUAAGAAGUUGUGUGAGUAUCCUUCUAUUUCUCGUCAUCUUUGAAGUUAUCUGGGGAAAAAAAAAGUGUGUUUAGGAUCAACCUCUGUGGGCAUCUUUGAGUCAUAAAAACAAGUGGUCCUUCUUUGUUUGUCUCCUUUAUUAUUUUCUUGAUGCGUCUCGUUUUGUUAUUUGGAACAAAUGUUGUUGUUUUUUUUCAGAAUAUUCCUCAAUACUUCUGGUGAUUUUCACAACGAUGGCAGCAAAGAGUAAAACUUGAUUCUUACUGCCCUUUCAGAAUCAAAGUCUUAUUAAAGGGUUAUUUGACAUAAAUCAGUGUAAGCGUAACUUAGUGCUGACUUAGUGACUCCUACAGUAGUUUGGUUUAUAACUCCACGCUCAAACUGGCACUUUUUGGAUUCAGAUUUGAUUGUGACGCUUAAAAUCCAAAUUAAAUGAAAGCACUUGAGUAAAACUAAACGACAGAUUUUAACUCCAACCAACCGUUUCUAUUUAAUCAAACAACGUUCUGUUUACUCACCACUUUAAGAUGCUCGUAUGUGGUGGUGUAGAUCAACAGAGGCAACAUGAAGUCCCGGCGUGCUGCUGCGUACUAUCAUCGAGAUUGUAACGAUGUGACCGUGGAAAAAUAUAGCAAUGUUUUAGUUGAUGAAGAGCAGCCAUUUUUAAAACAUGGGAAAAAUGUUAAAUUGUAUUUUCUGACUAUGAAAUAUUGUUUCAACAACAAAACCUAAAUGAAUCUUCUGGCCAUUUUAAAGGAGAAUUCUGUGGAUAUGUUAUGGAUAAUAAAUAUCUUGCCUGCUGCAGAUAGCUCUUUAAAUGACCUCAGCUUGGAGAAAUAAAGUUGACAUCCAACAGUCAAUGGCUAAAACCAAAGUUUGUUGCUGAUGAACAUAAACUUCAUUUCUCCAAACAGACGUAGUUCAAAGAGUUACUUACCUACAACAAGUAAGAUAUUUAUUCUUUAUAGCUUUUCCACAGAAGCCCCAUCUCACAAGGGCAGGAAUAUCUCCUUAAGUUGGAGUCUUUGCUAGUUUAACGCUCGUACUUUGUAAGGCGUGUGCCUCUGAAGGUGCUCAGUGCUUGGUUCUGCAGAAAUAUGAACCAGAAGACCGGGGUGUUUGAUAAAACUGAACAAAAGUCAGAUUUGAAUUGUGUUGAUUUCUUUCUUUUGUUGUGACGUUUGGUUUGUUGUCAGUAGACUGUGCAGCCACCUGGGAGAAAUUUGUGGACCAACCCACCGAGGAUCAACCCUUCAGCCAUAAAAUUGUUCCACAAAUACGUCUUUUGGCAAACCCUUUCCUUCCUGAUGGACCUUACUGUCAUGGACUCACGAUGUUCUGGGUCUUGGUGUAAAUUCGGACCAUGUCUCCUCUCUGUGCUGUAAACUGCGGACAGUGAUAAAUCUGUGUUUCCUGUCAUGUUUGUGAGAGUAAAUAACGAGAGAUUAUUAACAUUUUUCAUGACUGAGAACUUCAAACUGUAUUUGUCUUUAGUUGUACAUUGAUUUUAUUUACAGUGGCUCUUCUCAGUGCAUGUAAGCCCUUUGAGAUGCAAUAAAUUGGAUGACGGACAAA